GGGCACGCUGGCUCUGAGCCAUUCAAGAACCUGAGCUUCAACGUCGGAGAUGAAGCGCGAAUGUCGUUAACGGCUACCUUGGACAAUAUUCGUUUUGAGUGGGUCGGCGACCGUAGCGUGAAGCUGAAGAUACGCGAGAGUACCUUGACAUUCAGUACUUGAGGUCUGACAGUAACCAGGUCUUCAAGCCCAUGUUCUUUCAUCGGCUAACUGACAGCGCCCUCCCGGAGGUCGCAUGCUGCGGCCUGCCAUCGUAGCAGGGUACGCUACAUGCAAAGACAUCCCUCAGCCUAGUACCCCACGUUUCUGUUCAAGGAGGGCAGAGGCUUACCAUUGUUCGCCUCAUACAUAUGUUGGGCUUGGGCUUGGUUUCUAUUGCCUUGUCAUAUUCCAGCCCCCUUUCCUUUGUCCUGCCACGCUACUCGGAAUGACAUCGGAGUGGCAACCAUGUGCUCCUGCGGUGCCGUUCAUAUCCUUUGUCCUAUGUUCCUUAAAGGCCGCCAGGCCAUGGUGGGCAUGCAACGCUUCCGCCUUCGAGCUUCACACCUUGCAAGCAAUUCCUGGUCUCCCCUCCUUGUCGUCUGCUUGUGUAGCUUGCUGCGAUCUGGUGGGAUCUUGCUCAACUACAGGGGUGUUGAGACAUCACGUUCCAAGUAUUGAUCGUCCUAUAACCCUACGCACCUAUACUGUUCUCCGUGAUAUACGCUACGUGCGGACAGCCAUGAUCAAUGGCAAUGUCACCGAAGGUAUCAGUGCUGCCCGUGUUUCCUUCGACCGCACGCGCUGUGCAACCAUCAACAAACUACCGCCGGAUGUUCUUCUGCUUAUCUUCCACGAACUACGGCGCGCUGCCCAGGAGGCUCUAGAAUGGAGGUUUCCCACAGUUGGCCAGAGUAACAGUCGCCUGCCGCCGUCGUACAAGAACCGAGCGCGGAAAUACCCCUUCCCAGAGUCGAUCGCCUCUGUGUGCCGCCACUGGCGGGAGGUCAUGUCGACGACGUCCUCCUUCUGGAUCCGCCUGGUCAUUUGGAUUGGCCAGAAGGGCACACCGCUCCCCGAUAUAUGCGAUUUCCUUGCGUGGUCGCGGGACCGUCUCCUCGAUAUCUAUGUGCUGUCGGACAUGCACUCGUCCGCGACAGAAAAGGCUCAAGUCGACGCGAUCAUGGAGCUACUCGUCCCUCACAUGCAGCGCUGGCAGGCCCUCUAUAUGAACGUCCUCCACUCCAGCUCGCUUCCGCGCCCCCGCAUUGACCUCGUAGGCCACGCAGACAACCUCAUCGAGCUCGAACAACUGUUCUCCGUCGAUGACUCCGUUGUUGCUGAGGCCGCCGACUCGGUUAUCGGGGAAUUUCACACACCUCAGCUAGACGUACUUCGCACGAGUGGCCUGCACUUCCGCGAAUCCUACGUGAAGCCGUUUCCUCGAUACCCGAUGCCUGCCUCACUCGGCGAAAUCAAGAUCUUAGGGUAUGGCGACCACCAUCCCGCAUUCCCUUUGGUCGACCUACUCACAUGUCUCGUGAGCUGCGAGGAAUUGAAUGACAUCGAGCUUGCUGGCCUCGCACUCGAUCUGUCUUACACGGGACCACCUGUCCCCCGGCCGAAUCAAUUAAUAUGGGGCCCACAAUGCUCCUUUGUGGACCUCCCCGGCGAUGCAAUUGCGGAGUACGAUCGUCUGCUCGACUAUUCCUUCACGGAGAUGAUGUCGUACACGCGUUGCUCCUUGGAGAACCCGGUCGAGCUCUGCGACUCGUACUGGAUCGAUCUGAACGAGAUAGAGAGCCCGAUCUCGUUGAAAAACUUCCUCGCGCCAGUGCCUUCGAGCGAGGUGCUAUCGUUCACGGAUUGUGACGGCCUCCUCCCCAUGCUUCUGCUCAUUCUUGCUAAUCCUUGGCGGGUCGGAGAGCUCUGGCUCUGUCCGAAAGUCAAGUCCCUCAUCAUCAAAGGAUGCACGCGAUUCAGUAGCUCGCACCUACGCAAAUUGGUCGAGGAACGACGCUUCGCGCACGCAGCGACAGGCUAUGCAGAGGACAGUGACCCGGAGUUUGUGGUUCAUUCGAUUACUAAUCUCGAUGUAUAUGGCUGCUGCAAGCUGGAUUCGGGAGACAAGGAGUGGUUUAACGAGAACCUUAGGACUGUCCGCUGGGACAAUUGGACGGGAGGUACUAAUCGACGCAGCGGUUUAGACAGUUCCGACUCGGAGUCGGGGUCGUGACUCAAUGCGUAUGUAGUGAUAUCGGAAGCGUGUACUAUAGACAGUGAACAUGCAAUCAUUGCAGCAGAACGCUAGUACGCACGAGCCGUGACAGCAUAGCUCUCUGGGCUACUCAGAGCGUGCGCUGGCGAGACGUGAAGACGUAGGACCAGUUCACUUGCGCCUUGACACCUUCCGGAACCUCCGGUUCUAUUAAGAAUCUAUCGCUUCGUGGGUGCCAUAUAAACAUAG